AUGCCGAAAUCGGAUCAAGACUCUUCUGGUCUAAAAAGUCUCGUGAUCGGUGGAGCCACUUCACACCUCUACGUCGCCUUCUUUAAGCGCGCAUAUCCGCCUACCACAAUAAAGUUCCUGCCUUGGUGUUCAUCACAGAUUUCAGUUCAUAGGAUUUUACGCAAGAUCCACAGAUUGAUCAAUAACAGAUUACUCUCAACACCAGCAACUUCAUCCACCAAAGAGACGACCAACUACGCACGGUUGUGUCGUCUUCUGAUUGAUGUUGGUAACCAGGCCCUCAGGGACACACUUGAUGCCAUUCACGCGCCAACAAAUCUUCACACAGUUUUGGCGGCAAAUAAACCCACUUUACAGGGUCUCAGAUCGAGAAGAAUUAUCAAUGCUACGCAAUGGGGCAAGCUCUUUCCUGUCAUUCAUUUGGCAGUGUCCUCGAGAGAUUUUGACAUCACUCUUUUGAUGGUUCUGCUGCGAAAUUUGUGCGGUUUGCCAUCGCCAAUAACCGGAUGGGACACACUUCCCGCUGCAACGGACAUGACUCGUGAGGCGGAUAUUGCUCGUAUUAAGUACUUUAGAAACACCGUGUACGCGCAUGCCGAGCAAGCUUCGGUUGAUGACACAACGUUCAACGCGUACUGGCAAGACAUCCGGGACACUCUGGUGAGACUGGGAGGUGAUAGGUACAGGGCACCUAUUGACAAUCUGGAAACUGAGUGCAUGGACCCUGAAAUUGAAGAUCACUACAAACAACUUCUCAGUGAAUGGAAAAAGGACGAGGACAGCAUUAAAGAUGAGCUAAAAGAGAUCGGAACCGAGAUCAGAGAUGUCAAGAAAAUACUUCAUGAUUUAACAGCAGCAACUGUGACUAACAGAGAGGAAUCAAAUGAUGGAGCACUUAGUGCAAGCGAACAAGGUACAAGUUCCAAACUGGAAGAAUUGGUGGAGACCUCUAUCACGUGUAGAGAGAAACAUCACGAAAAUAAGCCUCUCAUUUACUAUUGUCAGAACUGCAAAGUUUGCAUUUGCGACAAGUGUGGACAAACACGUCAUACAAAUCACACCAUGGUGGAUAUCAAGCAAGCCGCCGAAGAACAAAAACUAAAGAUGACGGAGCUUGUGCAGAAAAUGAAAGUAGAGAUUACAGAGCACACGACCCAAAUGGAGAAAACAACAGAAAUGUUGAAGAAGAACGGAGAGAAAAUUGCUGCCGCUCGAAACAAAGUGUUAACCACUGUUGAAGAACUCAUUCGAGUGUUAAAGGAGCACGAGAUCGCCAUGGUGACCGAGUUAGAUGUUAUUGAAGACGAACAGCAAAGAGAGCACUCAGUACAGAUGGAACACUUUCAGGUAACUGCCACGCAACUGAAAACGUCUGUGGAACAUUGCCAAAGAAUUUUACAACGAAACAACAGCGUUGAAAUUCUUGAAGGGCAGCAGGGUGUCAUGGAAAAGUGCAAGGGUCUCCUAAAUGCGAGGAAAAUGAACAUUUAUAAACCAUCGCAUGUUCAAUACAAGACAAUUGAAGAGAAUAUCCAAAGUGUUAGACACGCGUUUCUGGGUGAAGUUGUGGUCAGUACAACUGAUCCUCGGCAAUCAGUGGCGGAAGGGAAAGGCUUAAAACAAGCAGAAGCUGGAAGAGAAGCUGGCCUAACAAUCACGACAAAGAACACAGAGGGACAACAAUGUUACAAUGAAAUCGAUCAGAUUUUCGUCAAGGUUUGCGCUUCGUCGGAGGAAGACCUCGACACCAACAUUGCAGACAACGGAGAUGGUAAAUAUAGCGUCACCUACACACCCGAAUGUGACAGACAUCAUGAGGUGGUGAUUGAAGUUAAUGGUCAACCGCUGACUAGUAGUCCAUGGAGUGUUCACGUGAAAAACACCGUGUACGCGCAUGCCGAACAAGCUUCGGUUGAUGACACAACGUUUAACGCGUACUGGCAAGACAUCCGGGACACUCUGGUGAGACUGGGAGGUGAUAGGUACAGGGCACCUAUUGACAAUCUGGAAACUGAGUGCAUGGACCCUGAAAUUGAAGAUCACUACAAACAACUUCUCAGUGAAUGGAAAAAGGACGAGGACAGCAUUAAAGAUGAGCUAAAAGAGAUCGGAACCGAGAUCAGAGAUGUCAAGAAAAUACUUCAUGAUUUAACAGCAGCAACUGUGACUAACAGAGAGGAAUCAAAUGAUGGAGCACUUAGUGCAAGCGAACAAGGUACAAGUUCCAAACUGGAAGAAUUGGUGGAGAUCUCUAUCACGUGUAGAGAGAAACAUCACGAAAAUAAGCCUCUCAUUUACUAUUGUCAGAACUGCAAAGUUUGCAUUUGCGACAAGUGUGGACAAACACGUCAUACAAAUCACACCAUGGUGGAUAUCAAGCAAGCCGCCGAAGAACAAAAACUAAAGAUGACGGAGCUUGUGCAGAAAAUGAAAGUAGAGAUUACAGAGCACACGACCCAAAUGGAGAAAACAACAGAAAUGUUGAAGAAGAACGGAGAGAAAAUUGCUGCCGCUCGAAACAAAGUGUUAACCACUGUUGAAGAACUCAUUCGAGUGUUAAAGGAGCACGAGAUCGCCAUGGUGACCGAGUUAGAUGUUAUUGAAGACGAACAGCAAAGAGAGCACUCAGUACAGAUGGAACACUUUCAGGGCAGCAGGGUGUCAUGGAAAAGUGCAAGGGUCUCCUAA